GCGGAAAUGACGUCGUGCCUCCGCCGCCUGGACGCUAAAGAUGGCGUCAGAUUCAAACGGUUUCUGAACAGAUGUUGCAGUCGGAAGUCCAUCCCCAGGUGGAUCGAGGUGAGCGCAGCAGAGAGCGGAUCCUCUCCAGCGGGGCGAUGCCGACCGAAGCAGCGGGCCGGAGGAGGCGCGUGGAGCGGGACAGGCGCAGGGAGGCCGGGCGGGGCGGGGCGUCCCGGCCCGGAGCCCCGGGCGGCUCAGCGGGGAGCUCCGAGGAGGAGACGGCCAGGAUGACAAAAAUCAUCAGCAGCGCACAACAGAGGGAGGAGCAGCGAGGAGGAGGAGGAGAAGGAGGAGGAGGAAGGGAGGUGGUGGAGGAGUUGAGGUGGAGGGUGAACCAGCUGGAGAAAGACAAAGUGGAGCUGAACUCCGCCCACAACCAGGAGAUGUGCGGCGUGCUGGCCCAGCUGGCCCGGCUGCGCUCGGCCGUGGAGCGAGGCGAGGCCGAGCGGCAGACGGUGGAGCUGCAGCUCGCCGUGAGCCGGAGAGACGCCGCGAGGGCCGCCGAGCUGCGCCGAGACAACGAGGCGCUCAACGUGCGUGUGCAGGAGCUGCAGAAGGUCGUGGACAUCACGCGGCACGCCCGGCAGGAGGACCAGCAUGCUUUGCAGCAGGAGGUGGAGGAGCGUGACCGCCUGGUGCAGAGCGUCAACGCCGAGAACCGGCGGCUGCACGAGCUGCUGCAGGAGCAGCAGGAGGCGCUGGAGGAGCUGGAGAGGAGGGUGUCGGAGGUGGAGAAGGAGAGGGAGAAGGAGGCCGAGGCCAACAGGCGGCAGGCCGGCGAGCUGAAACACCUGACGGAGAGAGAGGAGAGGAGCAGGAGGGAGAAGGAGGUCUCAGAGGAGAGGGUGAAGUCUCUGCAGUCGGGCAUCGAGGCCGAACGAGCCGCUCACCUCGAGUCCAAGUUCAACUCCGAGAUCAUCCAGCUGCGGCUCAGGGACCUGGAGGCGGUGGUGUCGGCGGAGCGGCGCGGCCACCAGGAGGCGCUGUGCGGCCUGGAGCUGCUGCGGGCUCAGCUGAGAGAGGAGAGAGAGAGGAGCUGCAGCACCGAGGGCGAGCUGCAGCGGUUGCAGAAGGAGCACGAGCAGUGUCGCUCCGACCUGAGCGUCGCCUUGGAAACGGAGAGGAAGGUGACCUCUGACCUCAGGGCCCGGCUGGAGCAGGAGACGAGGCUGCACGGCAACACACACACACUGCUGGAGCAGGCAGAGGAAGCCCACCUGAGCUGUAUGAAGCAGAUCAGAGAGACACUGCAGCAGCACAACACAGAAUGCAGCGCGGCAGAAAAGGAUGAUGGGAAACGGAGUCCUUCUGCCGCCGCGGUGCCGGAGCUCCUGAGGCACAGACUGGAGGAGGCCGGCAGACAGGUGCUUCACUGUCACACCUUCCUGUUUAUCUUCCUGCUCCUGUCUGAUGUCUUCCCUCUGCAGCUGAACAUACACUGUAUAGCCACAAGUCCCUGGUGGGCGGGUCUGGACCGCUGGCUGAUGGUGACGCCCGAGGAGGAGCUCAUCGUCCUCAAGCAGUUCCUUCGCUUCGGCGAGGACCCGGCCCAUCGUGGAGCUGAGGACCCUGCAGCGCCUGGCGACCCCGCUCUCCCCAAACCCCGAGCCAAGCCCCGUCCCCAGCGGCUGCCGGUCGGACAUUCAGGGCGUUCAUCGAGCGCGGCGGUCCGGAGGCGUUCAGGAACCCCUUGGCCCCGCCACACUAAGUCGAUUCGCCGGCUACAGAAGCCCGGUGGCGCCAAACUGAGGCGAGCGGGCCCAGGCAGGAGGCCGGCGGCGGAGGAGGAGGAGGCGAGAGGCAGAGCGGCGUGGCCUCCAGGUUGGGCGAACGGCGCCCCGGGUCUCGACAUCAAACCCGACCCCGACGCGGCGCCGAGCCCGGCCCGGUCGCCGUGGCAACAGCCCCACCGCCAGCUCCAGCUCCAGCUGCACCGGCAUCCCCGACGGACCACGACCUCAGCUCGCAGAGUGGGCGUGGCCAAAGAGGAGACCGCCUCUGCCGUGCACCUCCUCCCUCCGUCACUUCCCUCCUCCUUCAUCCCCUCCUCCUCCUCCUCUCCUCCAAAUGCCUCCCAGGAGAGGUCGGAAGGGGAGGGUCUGCUGCGGCGUUUGUGGGAAAAGCUUCUACGACAAAGGAACGCUGAAGAUCCACUACAACGCUGUGCCCUGAAGAUCAAGCACCGCUGCACGGUGGCCGGCUGCAGCAUGGUGUUCAGCUCGCUGCGCAGCCGCAACCGGCACAGCGCCAACCCCAACCCCCGCCUGCACACGGCCUGCCGGGACGCACACCGCGGCGCGCACUGCCGACACGCCACGCACGCCGGCCGGGACAACGCAGCUCACGCCCAACAUGGCUGCCCGUCUCCCUCUCUGCACCCGGCAUUUAGCCACACACCUGACCUCGGUGGCCCCGCCCAGAGCUCCGGCUCCGCCCCCCAGGCCCAGCCUCUCCCCCGCCCACGGCUCGCUCCUGCAGCAGGAGAAACCACGAGGCAGCCACCCUCUGGCCCCUCCCCCAUCGCCAUGGAAACCUGCGACAGCUGGCCCGCGUCCUCCUCCAGCCCCUGCGACUGCGGCGUCCCAGGAGGAGGGGCCUCCUGCGUCAUCCUGCCGGCCAAUCAGCGCAGCCGAGCCGCCGGGACAGAGUCCGUGAAACAUGUCCAAGGUGGAGAUCCUGAGGGGGAUAGUCACCGAGAGGCUGGCCGCCGCCGCGCAGGAGAUCUUAGCGGUGGUGGAGAGAACCGUAGCGGUUACGAGGAGGAGGCUUCGGGCUUCAGGCAGCAGAUCGAGCGGCAGAGGAGGCAGCUGGAUGUCCUGCUGCAGCCUCGGGUCAAACUCACCACCUCAGGUGGCCUGGAGCUUCACCCUGACAGUGACGAGGAGGAGGAGGAGGAGGAGGAAGAGGAAGAAGAGUCUGGUGGAGAUGAAGCCACUGAGCAGGAAGAGCAGAACAGACCACAGCCAAGUGCCGGGCAGGCCGGGAGCCUCAGCCUCCUCUGUCAUAAUGAGGAAGAGGAGGGUGAGAGUGAAGAGGGCGAGCAGAGCCCGAGCCAGAGUCAGGAGAAGAUGAAAGAGCCUCAUCAUCAUCAAACAGCACCGAGCGGUCAGCCUGACAGGAAGUUAAAGAGGCCUGGCAGGAGAGAAACGCAGCGCCACCUGGAGCUCAGGGUCUGCAUGCUGGAGGACCGCCAGACCGACGUGCUCUCCAACAACGUGUUUAAGAAAUGCCCCGUGCAGGAAGUGAAGUGUCCUCGUGGCCUGCAGGAGGCGGACUUCCUGACCCUCCUGAGGUCCAGCUUCCCCCAGCUGGCCGGGGGGGACAGACCCUUCGACGUCUUCACGACCGACCGCAGCCGGAAGCUGCAGCCGCUGAAGCUGAAGAGGCUGACGCCCGAGGAGAUCAACCGCUCCAUCAGGUCGUCUGGAGCGGGCAAGUCGGCCCUCUACAUCCGAGUCAAGACGGGAGGAGAGGAACUGCAGAAAUGUGAAGAGGAGCUUCGUCCUCGGCAGAGAAAAGACACCGCCGAAGAUUCACCAUCAAGCUCUGCUGUGAUGUCGACAAGCGCUCAACCCAAACUGCAUUCUGGUUCCCAGAGCGAUGAGGUCAGCAGCUCGCCGUCACAGCAGCAGCAGAUGGAAACGGAGGAAGCCGAUGACGGGGAAGAUCGUCACGUUUCAGAACCAGGCGCCUCUUCCCUCCGUCCUGCAGCUGAGAGUGAGCGGGACGACGGCGGCGAGCGUGAACGGCAAGAAGAGUUCGGUGGGACACGUGAGAGAGACAGCGAUUGGAAACCAGAUGAUGACGACCUGAAGGAAAGCGACCCCGAACCGCUGUCGCCGAGUCCAACCAGGAAGCGAAAAGUCAAAUGCUCCGGUGUCGAGGCCAAGAGCAGGAAACUGACCCCGUGUCCUCCGGCCAAUCGCAUGCUCUCUUGCAAAGCAUGCGGCGCUCUGCACAGGUCGACGAGCAUUUUGAUCAAACACGCCUGGACUCACGUGGACGACCCCGGCUGUCUUUGCGGGGUUUGCGGAGAACGUUCGGAGACGUCAGAGGCGUUCAGGGGACAUCUCGAAAAACACCAAAAAACUCAUGACUGUCCCUUUUGUGCGAAGUCUUACGUCAGCGUCAGUGGCCUCAACGAGCACGUCGCCACCCACACAGGAGUAAAACCGCACGAAUGUGACGUUUGCCAUAAAACAUUUGCUCUGAAAUCCUCACUGAGAAGUCACCAGAAGUACCAUGUGGAGGGUAGACGUCACCAAGGGGACAUUUGCCGUAAAGCGUUGAGUUUAGAGGAACAGGUCGAAGCGCGCCGCAAGAUUCACACAAGCAAGAAGUCGUUCCGCUGCGGCGCGUGCGGCAAAUCCCUCUGCGACCUCAGAUCCUUAUCCCGCCACAAACUGACCCACACCGGGGAAAAACGCUACAGCUGCCAGGUGUGCGGGAAGCGUUUUUUGCUUCCCGGAACGCUGAAAACCCACGAGAAAAUCCACACGGAGAGAGACCGGCAGUACCUCUGCGACGUUUGCUGCAAAAUGUUCCUGACGAGCACGCAGCUGCAGAUUCACAUGCGGACGCACACGCUGGAGAGGCCGUACCGCUGCAGCGAAUGCGACAAGGGCUUUUCCACCAAGGGACCCCUGACGGUUCACAUGAGGAUCCACACCGGGGAGACGCCGUACCGCUGCCCCGAGUGCGGCUGGUCCUUCAAACGCAAAACUCACCUGAACAACCACCUGAGGGUCCACUCGGGCCAGAAGCCGUUCGUCUGCGGGGUUUGUGGGAAGGCGUGCUCCCGGCCCGAGCACCUGACCGUCCACAUGAGGACGCACAGCGGAGAGAGACCCUACCAGUGCACUCUGUGCGAGAAAGCCUUCACUCAGAGCCACUGCCUCAAAACUCACAUGAAGAGCCACCAGGGGGCAGAAAUUGCAACGUGACGCAUUGGACAAAAACAUGCCACCUCACCUGUUUAUGAAUGUUGAGAAAACUCAUCAUCACAUCAGUUUGUAGCCUAAAGACAGCAUUUCUGUGUCUGGUUUGUCAAAGAUGAACAGUCACUGGUUUGAAUGGAUGAUAAAGCCAAUUAAAUGUGGAUUUUCUUAUUUUGUUUUA